UACGCCCAAGGACGAGGUGACUGUGAGGGAUGACUAGUUCCUCCCUCUGUGCGCGCAUUGGUGUGUGGCGUUGGACGCCUUGUCUCUUCCUUUCGAUCUCUGGGCGCGCCAUAGCGAUUUCUUAGCGGCUUCGAUCGGCGAGGCGCGAGCCAAUCUUUCCAGGUGAUUGUCGAUCCGGCGGCGUGGACGCGACGGAAUCAGGGUCUACUGUAGGAAUUCCAGGCGAUCUCGCUGCGGCUGCGCGUCAACGGCGAGAAAGAUCCAAUGCGGUGCUAGGUCAUCUGGAUUCUCUCGAGCGGGAGGGAUGGAAGGGCGAGAUUACUUGCGGCAUCCCAUCCAGCUGACCGAGGCGGUGAAGCGCGCGAUAGAGGAGGCCGAUUCGUUCAAGCAGGAAUGCAGCGACGUUGGCAGCACAGUGGACAGGAUCGGGAUUUUGCUCCGCAAGGCCGCGCGGCUCUCCACGAAUCCCGCGGGCGCGUUCUACGAGCAUCCUACCCGGCGGAUGAUGGACGAGGCAAAGAAGACGAUGGAGAAGACGCUGGCGCUGGUAAGGAAGUGUAAGAAGGGCGGCGUUCUCAAGCGCGUCAUCACCAUCACGUCCGCCACGGAUUUCCAGAAGAUCAAUCGCCUGCUGCUCAGCACCACGGAAGAUCUCAACUGGCUGCUCACGAUCUCGUCCGGCCGCGACGACUUGGGUGGAAUGCCCCCGAUUGCUGCCAACGAUCCCAUCCUGGCUAUGAUCUGGCAGCAAAUCGCCCGGGUCCAGGCAGGAAUUGCGGAAGACAAGGCUGAUGCCGCGAGCACGCUAGCGUCGCUAGCGCAGGACAACGAAAGAAAUGGGAAGAUCAUCAUCGACGAGGGUGGCCUGCCUCCUCUCAUGAAGCUACUCCAGGAAGGCACCCCGGCUGGGCAGGAGAACGCCGCGAAAGCUCUGGGAGAGCUAGCUCGCGACCAACAGCGAGCCCAAGAGAUCGUCAAGGCCGGGGCGAUUCAAGCUUUCGUCCACGUCCUCUCGGUGGCGCCGGUGAAAGUCCAAACGCAAGCGGCUCGAGCGAUGGCGGCCAUUGUUUCGCACGACACGGACGCUCGCAGCGCGUUUGGGAACGCGCAGGGGAUCCGGCUGCUGGUGGCGCUCAUCAACGACACCAUCGAUGAGACGUCCAAGACGAGCAUGCACACGGUGGUGAAGACGAGGAUGGCGCAGCAGAGCCGGUCUUUGGGAUCUCCCGGGAAGCCAUGGCACGAGGAAGGUGGCGGUGGCGGUGGCGGGCAGCAGCAUUCGGAAGACAAGCCUUCGGGCCGGGUGGCGUCGCUGGGGACGACGACGAGAGCUCCGAAUUCUCACGCACGGACGCACAGCUCCGAGAACGGGAAGUCCUACUACCACGGCUCCUCGCUGCGGGAGAAGCGCGAGCGCGAGCACGAAGACCCGGAGGUGAUCUACCAGAUGAGAGCCGAGGUGCUGCGAGCGCUCUGGAAGCUGGCCACCAACAACAUCAAGAACUGCAAGAGCAUCACGGACACACGGGCGCUGCUGUGCUUCGCCAAGCUCAUGGAGAAGGAAGGCGAGGUCCAGAAGAACGCGGUGAUGGCGGUGUGUGAGAUCGCGGCGGUGGCGGAGCACGACCAGGAGCUCCGGCGGGCGGCCUUCAAGAUGACAUCCCCGGCGGUGAGAGCGGUGAUCGAGCAGCUGCUCAAGGUGAUCCAGUCCGACGAUCCCGACGUCCAGAUCCCGGCGAUGAGAGCCAUCGGGUGCCUGGCCAGGAUCUUUCCAAGCAAGGAGACGCACAUCGUCAAGCCCAUCACGGACCAGCUCGCGAGGGAGAUCACGGUGGCGUCGGAGGCGGCGGCGGCGCUGCUCAAGUUCACGGUGGCGGAGAACUAUCUCAAGGAUCAACACUCGAGGAGUAUCCUCGAGGCGAAUGGCGCGAGCCAUCUCGUCCAGCUUACGUAUUUCCCAGAGUCGGCGUAUCAACCGGUGGUGCUGCUGUGCAACCUCACGAUCAAUGCGGGCGAUCACCCGGCGCUCAAGUCGCCGGACGUGCUCAAGGCGAUGGAGGCGGCGUCGCGGAGCUCGCUCAUGCAAAUCCCCGCGGUGCGCGAGAUCUUGCCCAAGGCGAUCGAGCACUUGGAGCUGUUCAAGGCGGGCGAGGAUGGAGCGCAGCCGGUGGAUGAAUUCGACAACUUUUGAUCGAGGGAUCGAGGUGGGAUUCUUUUUGAAUUCUUUCGAGAUCGAUUGAUCGAUCGGCUCGAUCUCAAGACAAUCGAUGGGAAACUAUUAGGGUU